AUGGCGGCACAGUGCGACCGCAGUUUGAAAACUGGUAACGAGUGCAUUGAAACGAGACAUUUAGUAGCAACAGGUUUUGACGAUAUCUCAGAGGCUGUUAGCGAGAAUGAAGAUAAUUUGGAAUCAACUCAAACGGACAAGACUUUGGUCAUUGAAAAUACAACUCAGACUGAAGACAAAGUAUUCGAAGACAGAGAAUCUCAAACAGAACAUAACAAUUUAAUUGUAAUGAUGGAAAAUGAGAUUGCUGGUAUGAAAGCCGAGAUUGAUAAACUUAUGAAACAGACUGGUGAACUGAAAGCUAAACUACUCAAUGUUGAUAGAUUUCAUUCCAAGUCAUCGUCAAUCAGCUUUUACACCCGAUUUCCUGACUUUGAGGUGUUUAAAAAAGUAUUUGACUUCCUUGAUCCAGGCGAAUAUGGUCAAAACAUUAGGUAUUGGACAUCUUUAAAUACCGAGGAACCUCCACUUGAUAUUUACGACAACGAACACGACAGUGUGCAUGUGAAACUGCCUCCAUUUCUUCGUGGUUCAGACCAGAUGGCUGCAGAUGUUGUGGCAACACAAGAAACUGCCAGUCUUCGCAUCCACGUUGAGCGGGCAAUUAACAAGAUGAAGAACUUUCAGAUAGGGGAUGGUGUUGUCCCUCUUCAUCAGAUUGGUCUGGCAAAUCAAAUGUGGGCUGUUUGUGCAUUUCUGUGCAAUGCAACUGUUAGUAGAAUUGUUAUUAGUUGGAUCAAUUUUAUGUAUCUUCGAUUUGGAGUGCUUAACAUUUGGCCAUCAAGAGAAGCUGUCAAUAGAAAAAUGCCUGAAGACUUCAGGAAGUUAUAUCCAAGUACAAGAGUUAUUAUUGAUCGUACAGAAGUGAAGUGUGCAAUGCCUAGUAGCUUGUUGCUGAAUAGUGAGUUGCUCAGUGCCUACAAGAAUCAUACUACACUAAAGGGGCUUCUGGAAAUUUCUCCAUCUGGUGCUAUCACUUACAUAAGCCAACUGUAUACAGGAAGUAUAUCAGACAGAGAAAUUGUAGAAAGGUCAGGCAUGCUUGACCUGCCAUUCAAUGAAGGAGAUUCCAUGAUGGCAGAUAAAGGUUUUACUAUAAGUGACAUCUUACCUUAA